CGGUCUCGCUGCCGUCAUGACCGACGUGGCGUCAUUUCCGCUUCCCGGAGGAAGGGUAGCCGUCGCUGUUCUUCCUGUUUCUUCUCCGGCCGCUGCCGUUCCUCUGCUCGCCCGCCCGCCCUGCCGCUCCGCCGCCGCCGCCGCCGCCAUGCCGCUGUCGUGCUUCCCGGAGCUGACCUUCAACGUGGACAGCGGGUACCUGGAGGGCCUGGUGCGCGGCUUCAAGGCCGGGGUGCUCAGCCAGGCCGACUACGUCAACCUGGUCCACCCCUGCCAUCUUUUUUCAGACCUGAAGCUCCAUCUCCAGAGUACGGACUAUGGGAACUUCCUGGCCAAUGAGGCUUCCCCACUCACGGUCUCCGUCAUUGAUGACAAGCUGAAGGAGAAAAUGGUAGUGGAGUUCCGCCAUAUGAGAAACCACGCCUAUGAGCCUUUGGCCAGCUUCCUGGAUUUCAUCACGUAUAGCUACAUGAUUGACAACGUUAUUCUGCUGAUCACGGGGACUCUGCACCAGCGCUCCAUUGCAGAAUUGGUGCCCAAAUGCCACCCCUUGGGCAGCUUUGAGCAGAUGGAGGCGGUCAACAUCGCCCAGACCCCAGCAGAGCUCUACAAUGCCAUCUUGGUGGAUACACCUCUGGCUGCCUUCUUCCAAGACUGCAUAUCUGAGCAGGACCUGGAUGAAAUGAACAUUGAAAUAAUCCGAAACACGCUGUACAAGGCUUACCUCGAGUCCUUCUACAAGUUCUGCACAGCCUUGGGAGGCACGACGGCGGAUGCCAUGUGCCCCAUCUUGGAGUUUGAAGCUGACCGCAGAGCCUUCAUCAUCACCAUCAACUCCUUUGGCACAGAACUCUCCAAGGAAGACCGGGCAAAGCUGUUCCCCCACUGUGGCAAGCUGUAUCCUGAGGGGCUGGCCCAGCUGGCCCGCGCUGAUGACUAUGAGCAAGUCAAAGCAGUGGCGGAUUACUACCCGGAGUAUAAGCUGCUGUUUGAAGGGGCAGGGAGCAACCCUGGGGACAAAACCCUUGAGGACCGGUUCUUUGAGCACGAGGUGAAGCUGAACAAGCUGGCCUUCCUGAACCAGUUCCACUUUGGCGUCUUCUAUGCCUUCGUCAAGCUGAAGGAGCAGGAGUGUCGCAACAUCGUCUGGAUUGCUGAGUGCAUCGCCCAGCGCCACCGGGCCAAGAUUGACAACUACAUCCCCAUCUUCUGAGGGCUCUUCUGCCCCACCUCGGAAGAGGCCGUGCCCCCCCCGCCUCCUACUCACCUCACCCCAAGUUCCAGGCCCUGAAGCGGGUUUCUUAAGGUAGCAUCUCGGCGGAGGCUGCCCAGAUGCCCCACGCCCGGCUCCCUUUACAGGUGUAACGUCUCACUGUUUGUGCUCCGUGUAACUCAGACUCGGUGUUCAGCAUUUCUGGAGGCAGGCUCAACGCCAGAGGGGCCCUCCUGGUUCUGCCGGCUGACAGCGGGCGUUCCUUCUCCCGGUUUGGCCAGCAACGCCCUCUUUCCGUUCUGUGGCCCCCUCCCCGUGGGCUCCUUUUGGGGACAUCCUGGUCACCCCUGAGGCGUGUGUCUCUGCGCUUGCUCAGCCAGCACAAAGUCCUGCCUUGUGGCCGUCAGUUCUGUGGAGUUUGCGGUUGGCCACAUCCACACCCACCCACACAGGGACAGCGUGCUGGCUUUGGAAAUCCAGCCCCCAAAGAAUGGGAGGGAGCGGGGGAGGCCAGGCCCUGUGGCAUCUUGUGCUUGGGGUGUGGUCUGAGGGCCGUGCUCGGUGGGUUGUCUUGGAAAGUAGCCCCAGGGCACCUGCCUAGUCCCCUGGUUGGCUCUUGGCCCCACACAGAGUAUGCAACGCCUCUUGUUCUGUCAUGGGUGCAGCUUGGUUUCUUGGGGGGGGGCAGCUCCUCUGCAACACCUCCUUGGAGAGAGGGGAGGUUCCCGGGGUGUAUUGCUCUGCCACUCAGCUUCUCCCGCUCUCCUUCUCUGGCCAGACGGGGUGAGUUGAAUGGCCCCUGGAACCAGGGAAAGGGGUCUGGCUGGUUCCCGGAUUCCCCUGGGGAGGUGGCAACCCAUGCCCACGUGUUUGUCGUGGAAGAGGUUGCUGCUGCCUCCCUUUCCUGGCUCCAGGGCCAGGCCUGUAAGUGCUCCCGCCUGGCCUGAGCAUGCGUGCUUGCUGUGAAGGCAGCCUUUUCAGCCCAAUCUGGCUGCCUGGCCAGGCCGGAACUGAGCGGAACUGAACGGAGUGCAUGUGUGUGUGUGUGUGUCUGGGGCUGCAGCCUGGGCUUAUCACUCGCAGGUCUCUCCUCGGAAAGCCCUCAAAGCACCCAGGUCUUCCGUGGUGGCCCUGCCCCUUCCCUUCCCUUCCCUUCC